AUGAGAGCUGGUAGGAUGGACGGAUGUAGUAGUUGGGUGCAUUUGUCCGUCGGACUGCUCGACAGAGACCCUCCUUCGAAUACUUGCCCGCUGCUUGCUAUUCUUCCUCUUAACUGGCGCCAAUCGAGCUCGCGGUCCGAAUCCGCCCGACUCCGCCCGACUCCGUCGACCAAUGCCGACCCCAUCUCGGUUCCGGCCAAGACUGUCCGACCAGUCUGCCUCUUGCGCACAGCCUCCCAGCGACUCCGAGCGCUCCCACAGUGCCCAAGUGACGCCACCACGUCGUCAUGAAAGCUUUCUGCCCAACCCGGCCAGUCUGUCCGGCUCUGCGCCCCUCUUCUCCUCGAGACCCUCCUUUCGUACCACGGCGCCUGCGCGGCGAAACACACACGCG